CAGUCAACACGCACAUAUAAAGUCUCGCGAGAGUUUUGUAGUGGGCGUGGCGUAUCCAUAUACACCUAUUCGGUAUUGGUCGAUAACCAGGAAGUGAGCGCUUACGUCAUUUUUCGCAGUUAUUUGAAACGGCAGAAAGCUCUCGUUGUGUGUACAAGUUAGGAACAACAACAAAACGAAACAAAAAUUAAUACAAAAAAAUAAAUAAAUAACAAGAAGUAAUGAUUCUUGUUAAGUAAUGACAGUUUAAGGUAUGAUAAUUCUCAGUUUAUUAGCUUUCGUUAAGCAAAAAUAACGCAAAACAACGGCUGUUGGUGUUAGCUAUCUUAGCUUAGCUUAGCACGUCGUAGUAAACAGUUGUAAGAUUAGCAUAAAUCGCUGUUUUUUCUGUGUUUUCCACAUUUUUUAAAACAACCUUGCGUGUAAGUGGAUAAAACCUGCCAAAAAUCUCUUCACUCGGAAGAAAGGGACGAGAUGGAGAAGCAGGAGCAGAUGGAGUGGGACGCAGUGAACCGCCUGCUGCAGCACCACGGCUUUAAACCCGUCCGCUUCGCAGAUCCCACUGAGAACAAGAACCUGGCAGACCUGGUGCUGUUGGAGAAGACGUCCUCGUCCGAGCUGCGCGUCAUGCUGAAGACGAUGCUGACGGACUCGGAGCGGAGACAAGCGCUGAUCCAGGAGCUCAUCCAAUCCAACAGCAAGUUAAAGCAGGAAGUGGAGCAGCAGCAGGCCCGGGCGUUGCGUCAGUCUCACAGAGCAGAGGAGCUGGAGGGCGUGCUGGCGGGGGUAAAGGUCAAAGUUCAGGGUCUGGAGGACUCCAUUAUCAAUAAAGCAGCGCAGCAGCAGGGGCAACUACAGCAGCUGCAGCAGGACAGGAGAGACGCCGAGAUGCGCUGUCAGACUCUGCAGCAGCAGCUCGGUGAGCAGGUGUCUCAGGUGUGUGAGCUGCAGAAGAAACUCCACCUCGCCGCGAAAGAGGAGGAAAGACGCGCGUCUCGCCAGAAACAAGCUUUCCAGCAGCUCCUCAGUCGCUCAGCUCGACUACACUCACCUAGUGAUCAGCUGAUCCUGGACGUUAUCAGUGUUUAUGAAUCUCAGCUGCAGCAGCUGCAGGAUAAACUGAAGAAGUGUCGCAGAUGCAGCGUGUGUAAGAACGACUCGUCUGACUCUCAGAACACCGACACGUCAGAGCUCACCUCAUCCAGCUACACAACCCUGCUCAAGUCGUAUCAGGAGCAGUUGAAGAAGACUAAAGCGCAGCGUGAAGAUCUGCAGUCGGAGAUUCAGCGCCUCAGGCAGGACCUGGACUCCAGGCCGAGUGUGAAGGAGCUGAAGUGGUGUAGGCAGCAGCUGAGGAGGAUGGAGCGUCUCGUCCAACACACCAGCUUCAGGUCUGUGCAGACGGAGACGCCUGAAGAUCCUCCGAGCUCCAGCACUGACACACAACCGCGCGUCCCCGAGAGCCAGAGAUACAUCACGGAGAUCUGCUCGGAGCUGAAGCUGCAGGACGUCAGUCACGUCGUGGCUGCUGUUAAAGCGCGCUGCAGAGAGGCCGACUCGGCGCUCCGACUCGAGAAGAUCCUUUGUGACAUCACGGCUAUCCUGACCAAUCCGAGAGCUCCUCUGGCGUUGCUGAGGCGACCUGACGCCGCCACAGGCUCGGAGCUGGAGCACAUUGUCCCUACGCUGGAGAUGUGGAGCCAGCAGCUGAGCGCUCUGCCCGAUCUGCAGCGCUCCGUGAGCAGGCUGGCGAAGAGGCUGUUGCCGUGGCAACCGGAGGACGGAGCGUGUCCUCAGUCCGAGUGCGUGAAGGUGGAGGACGUGAUGCUCGUGGUGGACACGCUGCUGGACGAGACCGCUCCGGACGACAAGGUGUUGCGCAGUCCCACUAAGCCGACCCUGCAGGCGAUGGUGUCUCACUUCCAGAAGCUGUUUGACGUUCCGGGUCUGCGCGGCGUUUACCCGAGGAUGAACGAGGUUUACACUCGACUGGCGGAGAUGAACAACGCCAUGAGGAACCUCCGAGACAUCCUGGACAUGGAUGACAGAGCGCCCCCUAGUGACGUGGUGAACACAGUGGCCAGAAUCACAACUCGAGGAGGUUCUUAUCAAAACCCACACGAGCUGCUCGGAACCAGUGACAUAGACAGCAUUAUAGUGAAGCUGAAGGAACAUGAGGAAUUCUUUCCUGCGUUUCACUCGCUGGUCCUCGAGCUGCUGAACACUCUCGGUGCUGAGAGUCUGGACGACAUUUUACCUCGAGUCAGGACACUGAAAUCGAUGACAGAGUGACACUUUAACACACUUUCGGCUUUUCUACUCGCCGCACACGAUCAUGCUGUGAAAAAUGAUUAGAGACUGUCACUAGA